AUGAAGGACAAGAGCGAAGUUAUCCAAGAGUUCAAUGAGCUCGUCAACAUGACGGCGAAGGAACUGAAGAAGUGGCUAAAGGGCGAUGACUCUACAGGUGCUGGAUGGGAGAAAGACGACGGCAGCGGUGAAUCUGUCGGCCAUGACAGUGGUCGAAAAAUUGUCGAGAUUCUCGAAUCCAAUCCUGAAAAAGAUCCGGAGAAGUAUACCGAAGAUGAUGUUGGCCACAUGAGGAAGGUUGUGUCUUACUGUAAACGACACCUGGCUCAAGAAGAAAAAGCAAACAAUGAAAAGCUUGUUGAGGAGGUGAAAAAAACCAAGUCGUACGCGUCGCUCAAGAAUUGGGGUCACGAUCCCAUCAAGAAGCGCGAGGCAAAUGGCGGUGAUGCCGAAGGCAAGGAAGAGGAGCAGCCAGAGGAGCAGCCAGAGGAGGCAAAAGAAGAAAAAGCAGGAGAAAAACGAAAGGCACCUGAUGACCAAUCUGGGAAGAGCAAGAAGAGAGAAACGGAGGACGGCGCUGCCGAGGUAAAGGACGACGAAAAGAAGGACAAGCAAGCUGAGGGUGCCGAAGAGGAAGUCGAAGAGGAAGCCGAAGAAGAGGCCCCAAAGAAGCAGGAAUCGAAGAAGGAUCAGAAGAACGGGAACGGGGACAAGGCAAAGGGUCCCGAAAAGGGCGACACGGUGAGCUGGAACUGGGGCCAAGGCCAGCCUGAGGGGAAAGUGAAGGAGGUGAAUGCUGGCGAGACCACAAUUGAGACGAAGAAGGGAAACAAAGUCUCGCGAAAGGGCGAUGAGGAGGAUCCUGCCGUUGUUCUUGACACGGGAAAGUCGGAGGCGAUUAAGCUCAGCCAUGAGUUGAACGAGACUGAGGAAUGA